GCUCAACUCCCCUCGCCUUUAAGGGUUUUAAAAAGAUGACAUCUUUAACCCGGGUUGUGUCUUUGCUCUGUUUCUUUUGCUGCUAUGGAGAAAACGAGCCCAUUCAAACAUUUGUAAUCCCUCACAGUCACAUGGAUGUUGGCUGGGUGUACACUGUCCAGGAGAGUAUGCACGCCUAUGCUGCCAAUGUUUACACCACAGUGACUGAGGAGCUGUCGAAGGCUCCAGAGCGCAGGUUCAUCGCCGUGGAGCAGGAGUUCUUUCGACUUUGGUGGGAUACUGUGGCCACAGAGUCCCAUAAGAAACAAGUGCGACAGCUUGUCAAAGAGGGUCGACUUGAGUUCAUCAUCGGGGGACAAGUGAUGCAUGACGAGGCUGUCACUGACCUAAACGACGAGAUACUACAGAUGACGGAGGGACACGGUUUCCUGUACCAAACGUUCGGGGUGCGUCCUCAGUUUUCCUGGCAUGUGGAUCCGUUUGGAGCUUCGGCCACCACCCCGGUCCUCUUCGCCCUGGCUGGGUUCAACGCCCACCUCAUCUCCCGCAUUGACUAUGACCUCAAAGACUCGAUGCAGAAAAGCAAGAAACUACAGUUUGUUUGGAGAGGUUCUCCCUCUCUUAAAGAGAAGCAGCAGAUCUUCACUCACACUAUGGACCAGUUUAGCUAUUGCACCCCAUCACACCUGCCGUUCUCCAACAGCUCUGGUUUCUACUGGAAUGGGGUCGCCUUGUUUCCCGAUCCUCCUAAAAACGGCGCUUACCCCAACAUGAGCCUGCCCGUAACCAAGGACACCGUACACGCCUACGCCAAGACCAUGGUGGAGAACAUCAAAGAGAGGGCGGCGUGGUUCAGGACCAAGCACGUGCUCUGGCCUUGGGGCUGUGACAAACAGUUCUACAACUCAUCCGUCCAGUUCAACAACAUGGACCCUCUAAUGAAAUAUAUCAACCAGAACAGUAAAGAGUUUGGGGUGACGGUGCAGUAUGCCACUCUGAGUGAGUACUUCAAAGCCAUCUACCAAUCGAAUCAGGUCUGGGACCUCCGUGGGAGUGAAGAUUUUCUACCGUAUUCCACUGAGCCGUACCAGGCAUGGACAGGGUUUUACGCCUCCAGAAACAUCCUAAAAGGAGUGGCAAGACAGGCCAGUUCCCAGCUUCACGCAGCAGAGACUCUCUUCACCCGCUACAGAAUCAGCUUCCCUGAUGGACCUGUGGCUAAAGACUGGGCACUAGACAAACUUAGAGCACUUCGCUGGGCUGUCUCAGAGGUCCAGCACCAUGAUGGCAUCACUGGCACCGAGUCUCCCAAAGUGGAAAACAUGUACCUGCAGCAUCUCAUGCAGGCCAUGAUGGGGGUCGAGGAGCUUCUAGCUGCACUCUUCCUGCUGCCUCACAACCUCAACUUACCCAGCAUCCUUGGCAGCCGUAACCACAAAAAAGGUGGUCAUCAGACGUUGGAGCAACACGUCAUUGUUUACAACCCGUUGGCGUGGAACAUCACCACUAUUAUCAACGUCAAUGCAACUUUCCCCUCAGCUGCUGUCUUUGAUGAUGAAGGACAUCCUGUGCCUGCACAGAUCCAGAGGUCGGCAGAGUCCAACAUGACCUAUGAUCUUUUCAUCGUGGUUGAACUGGGAGGCCUUCAGCACAGGAAAUACCUGAUUAAGUUCUCGGAGAAGAAAUGCUCCGGGAGGCGGCUGAAGUGCGACUGGACGUACGAGGCUGAAGCGGUUCAGUUCGAGAGACGAUUCACCCCCAGCUCGUCGCAAACCGGGAGAAGACUCCUCCCUGUUCUGAGUGAUUGUUACAAGCUCAUGUUUGACCAGGAUACAAAUCUUCUCUACAGCACAACCUAUCUUCCAGAAAAAACGACAGUCAGGAUGACGCAGGAUUUCUGGGAGUACCACGCUAACGGAGACGUAAAAGCAGGACCCAUCUCUGAUAACUACAUCUUCAGUGCGAACGGUUCAGCUGCGCGGGCAUACAAGGCCGUCGAAAUGGAGAUCGUCCCCGGGAAGGUCGUGACAGAAAUCAGGCAACACUUCUACAGAGAGAAAAAUGAUAAAGACUACGCUUACUCCAUCACCACCCGUGUCCCAGAAUGCUUUGGGAGCAGGCCUCGGUGUCACAGGCUGGAGCAGACGUACUCUCUGGGUCCCCUCCAUCUCAACACUGAGGUCGUCCUCCGAACCAGCUCCUCCUUGCAGAACAACAGGACUCUGUACACGGAUGACAACGGCUACCAGAUGAUGAAGAGAACAUACAGGAAGUUCACUAAUAACACUUUAGCUAGAAACUACUUCCCCAUGGUUCGGGCAGCCUACAUUGAGGACCGCCUCAGCAGACUGGUUCUGGUCAGUGACAGAGCUCAUGGCGUAUCAAGCCAAGCUAACGGAGAACUAGAGGUUAUGCUCCAUCGCCGUCUUUGGAACAACUUAGCCUGGAACCUCGGCUACAACCUGACGCUGAACGACAGCUCGGUCGUGAGGCCCACUCUGUGGUUGAUGCUGGGCUCCAUCGGUACCACUACCAAGCUCUACCACAGGGAGGCGAUAGAGCUGCAGCACAGACCUGUCAUCAUGCCAAUAGACCAACCACAGAGGCCCUGGCAGGAGAAGAAAACAAAAGGAGGUUCUGUGCGCUUAGUGGUCCUGCCACCCAACCUCCACCUGCUCAGCUUCAGUGUCCCUGGAUGGAACUACAGCUCCAACCACAAUGUUCACCUCGGCCACAUUUACUCAGAUCAAGAUUUGCACUCUGAGCCAGACUACAAUCGGGUCCUGUUAAGAAUCAUGCAUCUCUUCGAGGAGGGAGAAGACCCUGAGCUAUCAAAACCGGUCACCAUAAACAUGAAGAAAGUUUUGCAGGGGGUAGGAGAAGUAAAAGUGCUGGAGGAGCGUUCUCUAACAGGAACCUGGGACAUCAACAGUCUGCAGAGGUGGAAGUGGAACACUACAGAUAACUUAGACACAAACAAAGACGGGUGUUGGAGUUAUGGAGAUGAUGCCUUCACUGUCAGCAUCUCACCCAAAGAGAUCAGGACCUUUUUUGUCCACUUUGCCUCGAGAAUCUUUUAGACUGAGCCGUCUUUUUGUCUUCUAUGAAGAUCUUUAGAAACACCAUGACAGUUAUUUUUAAAGAUUUAAAUCUUUGCUGCACUGUUUAUUAAUGCUUUUUUGCACCUUUUGGUAAUUUGUGAACCAGCGCUGAUGUGUCGACAAUGUGAGAGCGCCAAUAUGGAGUCCCUGUUGACUCUCACUAAAAUCAUGAUUAUUUGUGUUUGAAUAUCUGAUUCAAUUACACAGGCCAAUCACCAGCACAGUAACAUUUGUA